CGAACCAACAACGCCCAUACACAGACCAGCAGAGUAGACAGACAUUCUGCAGCCCAUCUGCCACCAUCCUCGUCGCAUUCUCAUUCUCCUAGUAAUAUUGGCUGCUGUCGCCGCCGCUCUCGCUUCGCUUCUGGGAAACGACAUGCGCCACUGACCGUACUGCGUCCUUUGCCUACGUCCCCCGACCCCCGAUCCCCUUGGUCGGUGGUGAACCCCCGUCCACCUGCUUGAUUUCUCCAUUUUACCCCGUUUUUUCACUCUGCCACCCCCCGUCCGCCCAUUCCAGCAACCUGGUGUGUUCCAUCGCAGACCCUCUUUCCCAGUCCACGUCUCCAGUUUCUAGCCUCCUUCUCCAGUUCUCGCCUCAUCUCUCUCCUCGUCACUUCUCCUCCUCUUUCCUUUCGCCUUACGCCGAGCUUCUCCCACAGCCUUGCCCUCUGCGGCUUGAGAUCGUCGACCAAAAUCCCUUCACGCCGUCUCCAGCGUUUUGGAGAGACAAUGUUGGAUUCCUGUACCCCUACUGGCCCGGUCUUGGCAGCAUUAUGAACUUGCGAUUCCUCUACCUACAGAAAGCAUAGGUAAGUUUGGCUUCCGUCCUGCGCAUUGUGGCCCUCGGGAAGACGGGUGUAACGCACCACGACCACUACCAUGGGACUUUUUCACAAUUCUUUGGAGAAACCUAUGCUGACCUUUAUGUAUUCUUCUUCCAGGAGCUGCACAUCCCCGAGAAUCGCGCUCGUCCGCGCAUAAAUCCGAUCUCCUCCACGUUACCUCGACUAUCCCGAGCCUCCCGAUUUUUCCAAUAUGCCCGACAAAAACGUAACCACGAUUUCCUACGCCGCCGGCGCAUCUCUGGCUGCCAUUGCCCUUGUCUACGUCUUUGCGCCAACAUUUACCAUUGACGAGUCGAGUACCUCGUCGUCACGUAGGAAGGGUGUCGUCGGCUUGCGCAAUGCUGCAAAUGAUUGCUUCAUCAACUCGACCCUGCAGGCUCUCGCGGGUCUCGGCGAGCUGCGCAUGUACCUAAUCCGCGAAACUCACCGCCGAAAUAUUGACGAUGAAGGCGUAUACUCCCAAUUGGUUCAGCCGCCCGGCAAGAGCUACCCGGAAUGGAAGAUCGAGGGCAUGCAACGCGGAUUGGUAACACAAGGACUGAAGGAUAUGCUUGAUUCGCUCAACGAAAGGCCCAUCUACAAGAAAUCAAUCUCUGCCAUUGAGUUUGUGAGAGUGCUCGAGACGGCAUUUAGGCAGCGCAUUAGUCGCCAGCAGCAAGACGCCCAGGAAUUUCUCCAAAUAGUGGCCGAGAGACUCAAGGAAGAGUACCACGCCGGCGAGAGAGCACGUACCCACGCAAGAUUGGAAGCCUCACGGGCGACCUCGGUAGGUGCUUCUGUCAAUGGGGAUGCAGUGCAGGAAAAGCUGGAAAACCUCAACCUGGCCAACGGCAAUGGCGAUGAGUCCUCCUCAGCAUUGCCUACACCAACGAUACCCAAGAUUCAGACCAAUGGCAUACAUGCGCCUCUGGACGAAGACGAAGGCUUUCCCAUGGAAGGGAAAUACGAAUCCCAAUCCGAAUGCCAGACCUGCGGCCACAAGACGAAGCCGAGAGAGGAGUCCUUCUACAUGCUGACGUUGAAUGUGCCUCAAGUCAGCUCCACCACUCUCAGUUCGUGCUUUGACGAAAUCUUCAAGACGGAAAUGAUUGAAGAUUUCAAGUGCGAGAGAUGCCGACUGAUCCAUGCCGAAGAAUCCCUCAAGAGCGAUCUAGCAAACGCACAGAACGAGACUGAGAGGACCGCACUCGAGGAGGCAGUGCGCAAGUUACGCCAUGCAAUUGACUUUGAUCCGGAACAUGUCCCUGAGGAUGUGCUCCUCCCGAACAUUGCCAAUGCGCCUAAGCGUAAAAUCGCACGGUCGACGCGCCUCACGUCCUUUCCCCGCAUCCUUGCCGUCCAUCUUUCGCGGUCCAUCUAUGACCAAACGUCGACCAAGAACUCGGCCAAAGUUGCCUUCCCAGAGCGAUUGCCUCUUGGCGGCUUGCGCGAUCGUCGCAACUACAAAUUAUUAGGUCUCGUUACCCACAAGGGAAGUCAUCAUAGUGGACACUACGAAUCAUUCAGACGACAGAACACGUAUGCUCCGUAUUCCAAUCAGAAUACCUUCCAGCCAUCAGGCAUCUAUAGCAAAACGGCGAGUCCCGCCGCCACCCCACAGCCAUCGACACCACAACUCGACGCGAUUGCUCGGGGAGUCAGUCCUGCCGUAUCGACACCCGACCUUCUGACGCCGAGCUCCGAGACGGCUUCUUCUACCCGAUCACUAUCAUCAUCCGACGCUUCGCCGAAGGACCGAGUAAGGAAGAGAAUUAGCCCGACAUCUGCUCCACGCGACAGGCAGAGAGAGCCCGACUCGGCUAGCAUCCGAUCCGUACGGUCACUUACUGCCUCGGCAAAGAGCACUGUUUCAAAGAUUUCGCAAAGAGUCAAUGGAAACAGCACACCUGGAAGCAGUCCGCCUCACUCCACACCAAUGGCCGUAGUGCCUCGGCCUCCUGUCCACAAGUCCCGCAAGAAGCAGCCUGCUGAUCGCUGGUGGCGCAUUAGCGACGAGAAGGUCCGCGAAGCCAAGACUGCCGAGGUCCUCGAUCUUCGACGCGAGGUCUAUUUGCUAUUCUAUGAGCUCGAGAGGGACGACAGCCCGUAGAGCGAGGCUGGCAACGUUCCCUCGCAGCUUAGAACGUUGCCUCCCGAGUUCGAGCCGUUCCGGGCCUACACGGCCACCGCCUCGAUGAAACUUACGAUGCUGCGGUGACCUUGGCUUGUAUACAUUCUUGAGAUUCAAUGUUUUGAACAUAUCACGCACAUGCUCUUGUGCGCGCACAAACUCACACAAUUAUUGCUUGAGGAAGAAAGAGAAAAAAAAGCAUCGGCAGGCGUAAUAGUCUUAUUGUUUAUGCAUCUACAUGGUGGGCGAAGCCGCGAGGAACCUUGAUCAGCAUUUGAGGUGGUUGUUAGAAGCAUUCUUUGCAGAAUUGGCUUUCUUUCUUUGUGUUUUUUUCAGAGGGGGAGGUAGAAACCUAGUUGAAAAGAGACGAAGUACGUAAAUAGUACGAGGGGGCAAAGACAAUCGACUUUGCCACAGACAAGGUUGGAUAAAGCCCAAUACAGCGUCGUAUAUCAUGGCCAG